AGCUGUGGUUGAUGAAUUCAUAUGAAAACAACAAAGUACGGUGAAGCCAUGGUACAAUGUCGGACGAUCCUUGGAAAACUAUAUUUAACUUAUUGUCAUAAAUUAACCUUCCGUCAUAAUUAACCUUUUCAUAGAACAGGCUAUUCAAUGUUUGCGCAAAUUAAACUUAAAUAUUCGAAUUAGGACGGUAGAGAUAUAAUUGAAUAUUUAUUUACGUUACAGCUACUCAAACAUAUUUUUAUUUUGUUUUACGUACCUAGUUAACCUAGUAGCACUUUUGUAAAUAUACUCUUUAGUUGAUGUAAAUAUGAUCAUUAUUUCCCAGUAAUUUCAGAAAUUGCGUUAGUAAUUUUCAAUUUCUCAUUAAAGAACAUUGUUAAUACAGACAAUGUAAAAUCGAUUUGGAAUCAAGCAUAGUUACAUGGUCUAUAACUCAUUUUUAACAUUUAAGAAGAUUUUACUCUUCUUUAAGAGUUAAGAGGUUAAGAGCUAUUUCGACAAACUAUGUACAACCCAUUACAUUUGUUGUUGAAACAUCAUUUUAAUGAAUUGAAAAAUUCUUCUAACAAUUAAAUAUGAGUAGUAAAACUUUUAAAAUAAACAAAAUCUAACUGAAACACAAUAUAGCCAACAACUGAACUGUUCCUUAUGAAUGAAAAAAAAAAGAUAAUUCUUAAAGUACAAAAUAUCGUUCCUAAUCCCGAAUGGAGCGUACGAAGAACGUUAAUACCUAUUCAUGGUAAACAGCAAUUCUUUAAAAUAGAUUCUUAAAUUGCGAACCAACAAAACCCGAUAAACCCUUCUGAAUGAAUUCUUAUAUCGCUGUGUCUAGUUUGGCACACAAAUCAAUAUUCCACAAUCAUGAAAUAAUUAAAGUAGUUUUAACUGAAAAGCAGAAAAUAAUGGUUAGUGAUUCACAAUUCUAUUACGUAUAUUGCUAAAUUCAUAUAUUCCAUAAAAUAAUUCGCGUUACGGAGUUACAACGAAAUGUAAAAGUACGUCAUAUGAGCAUCUCAUUCACCUCCACCACAUUUCGCUGAUUGAUCGCUUUUUUGCCAGGCACUCAAAAACCCACCCCUAUCUCAACUACGUUCAACCACAACAAUCACUAACUAGACAACCCUGGUGGUCGUUUCCCAUCGAGCAAAGUCUUAUCUGCCCUGAACCACACAUAUCAACGGCCACAGCUGAAAUUCGAAAAUAUAAAGAAAAAGUGCGAACAUUACACACUCACGUAGUGGGGGGAGAAGAAAAAAACAAUACCCCACAAAAUCGCUACUAUUAUUUUUAAUCCACAGUUCCGACACCCGUACACAUCGGAGUGCGAAUUGUGUGACUGGAAUGAGAGAAUGAUAAGUGUACGCUGAAGGUGGCGGAAAACAGACAACAAACCAUUUGUUUGUUUGGCAACAAUAAUAAAAUAAACAAAACACACACGCACACACUCGUCGCCCAUUGCACUUUUCUUUACAGCUUACUAAAGCGCCGGACGCUUGACUGUCAAUGGAUUCCGCACAACAACUCCAACCCUUCAGUAGCAGACAGUGUGUGGUCGUGUUAAAGGAAGUGUUUGUGUAGGAGUGUGUGGUUGGUUCUGAUAAUCCAACCCCACCGUAAUGCCUACAGGCAAGCCAUCGAUCCACACCGCAUUAUCAACCACGUCGGCGGAUGGUGGGGAUACCAUCUUGCCACCCUGAACAAUGACGUCCAUCAAACCGAACGGAUGGGGAUUGCUGAUGGUGGUGGUAAUACAACACCCCGGACCAAACCAACCAAACACCACCACACAUCGGGCUCCACACGAUAUCGCGUGGAGAUCGCAUUGAAAUUAUCUUUUCUCUACGCGCUUCUUUAUGUCGUCGUGUUUUUAUAAUUUUUUUUGCUCGUUUAGCUAACGUCGAGAAUCAGUUCUCUACGUUUGUCGCGACUGUGUUACCCUUCGCAGUACUAUCGCGAACACGUUGCGUGAAGCUUCGUUUCUCCUGUCUGUGGGUGCAAGUAUUGCAGUUUGUUUAGCAAAUGGCUCGUCCCGCGUACGAUGAAUUUUGCCAGCUGCGUGAGGAGUUCUUCAACCGGGAACAGGGUCGUGGUCUCGGUGCUGAUCUGGUGCUCAGUGCCGAUGAGCAGCGGCUCAACCGAUAUGUAAUGCAUCUCAAGCAGCAAGAGCUUGCGAAAGGCGUAGAGAACCCAUACGAGCUUGUAUCCACCAGACAUUUCUUCGAGAUGCUCGAUCGCAUAAACGAGUCACCGCUGUUCAAACUGAUCCAGCAGAUGCCGAAGGGUGGCGUUUUACAUGCACACGAUACGGCCAUCGGUAGCACGGAGCUGAUCGUGCGAGCAACUCGUCACGAACAUCUUUGGCAGAGUGGAAACAUUCCGCAGGCGGAUGGUGAACCGUUGCCGGUGUACAAAUUCUCACGCUCUAAGCCAACUGCUGAAGGCAAUUGGCAACUGGUGGCGGAUAUUCGAAACUCGAUCGGUAACGAAGCGUACGAUGAAGCCAUCCGGAAGAUGUUCACCCUGUACACAAACGAUCCACUAAAUGCUCACCGUGACAUUAACGACGUUUGGCGCAAGUUUAUGGCACUCUUUAUCUGCUUCGAACCAAUGGUAACAUACCGCCCGGUCUGGGAAGAAUAUUUCUACGGAUGCUUGGAAGAGUUGCUUGCAGAUAAUGUAACUUACUUGGAAUUCCGAGGACUGCUUCCGCCGGUUUAUGAUCUAGACGAUCGCACAUACUCGCCGGAAGACAUCGUCCAAAUGUAUGUCGAUCAGUCGGAAAAGUUUCUUCGUGCCCAUCCCAAGUUUAUGGGCGUUAAGUUUAUCUACGCACCGCUGAAAUUUUGUGACGAUAACACGUUUGACGGUUACCUUGCCCUAGUGCAAAAGCUUAAAGAACGCUUCCCAAGCUUCAUCGCCGGCUUUGAUCUCGUGGGACAGGAGGACCUUGGACGGCCCCAUACGGAUUUUAACGAGCGGCUUCUUCGCUUGCCACCUGCAAUCAAUUUCUUUUUCCAUGCUGGUGAAACGAAUUGGGCUGGCCGACGGGACGAAAACUUGAUCGACGCCAUCCUGUUGGGGACGAAACGCAUCGGUCACGGUUUUGCCGCCUUGAAGCAUCCGGUCGUACUGGAAGAGGUAAAGAAGCGUCAAGUAUGCAUCGAACUAAACCCCAUCUCUAACCAGGUGCUGAAGUUGGUGCAAGAUUUUCGCAACCAUCCCGGUGCCUUCUACUUCUCCGACAACUAUCCCGUCGUGGUGUCUUCGGACGAUCCAUCCUUCUGGUGUGCAUCACCAUUGAGUCACGACUUUUUCGUCGCCUUUAUGGGACUGGCAUCGGCCCGAGCAGACAUACGGUUGCUGAAAAAGCUGGCACUUAACUCGAUCGAGUACAGCUCGAUGGAGGUUAACGAGAAAGCUACGGCUGUACAGAAAUGGACCAUCGCCUGGAACAAAUUUGUUGAAGAAACACUCAGAACUGUUCCUGCUGAGUUUUAGUUUUUGCUGGAGAACAUUUAACGCAAUUGCAACUACAUCCGUUGGUAACAGUAUUUUGCUACGCAUAGAAAGAGAACCCCGUUUUUUCAGUUUUAACGAUGUUUUGAUGUUUAAAAGGAUACAACAAUUCCAAAUAAAUGGAAAUUUCAAUUUAUACUAAACGAAAAUUGUCGAAAAACUUGUUUUAUCGAACUUUUGUUCUAGAAUCAAACUCAAAUUCAAACAAACCUCUUUUUGUAUCCUCUUUCUAUAACAUCAGCGCUAAUAGUUUGAAACGUAGAAUUGUAAAAGGCAUCAGCAUUGCAUGUUGCCACCUCAAGCGAUACUGUCACCAAAUUCACUCAUCACUUGCAGCCCAUAAAAACACAUUCUUAAGAAACCUCCAUUUGUCCCUGUCGCUGUAUUACGCUUUAUCCUACACUCCAUUUUGGACGAUGUGUCGAAUGAUGCGAGCCUUGUUGGUCCACCGUGAAAAUGCUCGCCCUCUCGACAUGCCACGAGCACUCGACUUCUCGGUCAAGCGUAUGUUGAUAAUAAAAUCCUAUGUUUAGCACCCAG